GAUUAAUCGUGCGAUUUAAAAAAAUUACUUGGUUAAUCUCGGUUUUAAUCGCAUAUUAAAAAUUGAUACAAUUACUACAUCCAUCUAAUUUAAAUUUGUUUUAUUACUGAUGCUAUUAUUAUCCUUAACUGUAAAUAAAAUCGUUUAAAAUGUAUUUAUGUAUGUAGGCCUAUUUAUUGAACCAGGAAAUGUACCCAUGAGACCGUGACCAUUAUUUCCCCUAGUAAACUUUGUAGAAAUUACAAAUACAACCAACACAAUAAAACUUGCGGUUCAAUCUUGAUCAGAAAACAGAAUAGGAUAUAUAUUUUUAAAUGUGAUUGUGGACUGAAAUAAAUUCGUUUUAAAUAAAAUUAUAAAUAUGUAGCUACAGUAAGCACUUCUAGGAAAUUAACUGUUAAUUGUGAAUAGAACAUACAAAAAAAUCAUAUCCAAAAACUGCAAACUAACAAGAAAAUUGGUAGGCUUUAUCUACAACAAGAAACAAAAAAAAAAACUACACAGCCUACUCUAGUGAGUCUAGUGGCUGUCAAUCAAACGUAGCUUGCACAUAAUUAGUUGUGUGAGAGUAAGAUCCCACCCAAACAGCAUCACAAUUACUACUUUGAUUGAUUAAAGCCUGUGACAUUUUUAAAAAUGGCCUAUAUAAAUAUAUAUACCCUAUAUAUAUAUAUAUAAAUGAUAGACCUAAACCAAUGCACUGUUUGAAAGCAACAAAUGUGUAUCAUAAUUGGAGGCUGUGUGGUCCAGUGGUUAAAGAAAAGGGCUUGUAACCAGGAGGUCCCCGGUUCAAAUCCCAGCACAUUACGUUUUACAGUUUAAGGCCAGGUUACACCACACAUGGUCGCCUUAAUGGCAGUCUGUAGCCCAGGAGUCUUCCCAUGUGCAGAAAAAAAUAAAGGGAUAUUUAUUUGCAUGAUUAAACUUUAUUCAUAAAUACUGUACACAAUGUCAUUGUGAAAAUGAUAAUACAACAAUUGUUUGCAUUUUGGAUGGCUGCUUUUGAUUGACAGAUUACCUACUAUUUUCUUACCAAUGAGGAGGAUAGCUCUUGGAAAUACAGGCCAGUGAUUGGCACCCAAAACCAGUGUCUGCUCUUUGACUUUCCUAAGAACGCACAAACAUAGUCAGAGACGGAACUAGAGUAUUCAGUCUUAACUGGUAACUGGAAUUUGCUUUUCGUGAGGUUAAUGGAAAAGCAGUGCGUAUGUCGUGGUAGAAGACUAUUGCUGUGUUAAAGAAGACUUACAACGUCAUUAUGAAACCUGUCACCUCGACUUUGGUGAGUUAUACCCAAUUGGAAGUGAGCUGAGAAAAGACAAGGUGUGUAAACUUGUUGCAAGUUUUCAUGGACAGCAAAACGUGCGUCUUGCUCAUGUAAAAGACAGUGAUAAUGUUACCAAAGCUUCAUUUAGAAUUGCAACGCAACUAGCUAAAGGUAAAAAAAAAAAAAACUUUUAGGGAUGGAUAACUAAUGAAGCCGUGUUUCCUAGAUUCCAUCGAGUCACUGUUUGCAGAUUUUAAAAAUAAGGAUGACAUUGUUAAACAGAUCUCCAAGUUACAAGUGUCAGACUCAACAGUUACAAGACAUGCGGAAACUAUAUCUGAAGACUUGUUUACUCAGCUGUGCCGUGCUCUUGGGAGAGGAUAUUUACAAGCAACUGAUGACAUUUAUUGAAGUAAAAGGUAAAAAUAGUGACUUGAAGAAGCUUGAGAUUCCACAUUUCUUUUCAUCACUGCAUAAUACACCAGGAAAACCUGUCCUGCAAGUUAAGGAAAGGAUCUCUGAAAAACACAAUGGAGGGUGUGGUUGAAGUAGUGAACUUUAUGGGUACACACAGUUCACAUGUUUAGCUCAUUUCAUGCAUCUGCUUCCUGCCAUCAGAGAUUUUUUGGAAGGGAACAGCUGAUUUGAUCUAAUCUAAUCACCCAUCAUAUGAGUACACUUCACCUCAAGUUACAAGGAAAGGGCAAAAUCCUACCUGCUUAACGAUGCAUUCAAAGCAAAACUGGCAAUUUUUUUUUUUUUUUAAUCAGCUUCUUGAGAAUUCACACAUUUCUCAACUUUGCAAUUAGGUGACAACUUUGAGUGACCCAGCAUCAUCUCCCCAAUUUAGAAUGUCCAGUUAUUUUUUCCCCUCACCGCAGCAAUCAGCCACACAGCUCAAGAGAAGUGAAGGAUGUUAGCGAGCUACCGGCCUCUGGAGAACAAAGGCCCGCCCUGCAGACGUCCGCCUGAGCUCACCAAGCAUCUGGCCUAACCUGCGGGACUGCCAGAGCCAAUGCGACACUUCCUCCAGAAUCCCAAAAGAAGGCCGGUGACUGCACAGCCAGAAUUUGAAACUGCGCUCCCCUGGCUGUGUGACACACCCUGCACACCACCCUGCCAUGCUUUUACUAGUCAGGAGCGAGACAAACGGUGUAAGACUGGCAAGCAGGUUCUCAAGCCAGUUCAGGAAGGUAGGGUUUCAAGAACAUCCAACACAAAAUUACCCCAGAAAUGCUUGAUGAAAAAUGCACAAUGACUUGCAGGAACUUAGAGCAGGACUCAUGGAAGCUGAUCCAGGAUUUCUUAAGCGUUGGUAAAGAGUCACCCGAAUACCUUAACCAUGUGUCCAAACAAGUAGACAAAUACAGACACCAGACGGUGCCUCUGAAGAAGCCAACAGAGUAUCCAUUGAGAAUUGGGGGGCUAAAUGACACAAUCUAUGAAGAAAUGGAGGAAGAGCUUGAAGCAUGGGAAAACUUCUACAUGCCUGACACAGUGGAGAUGAAAGUUAUCGGUGCCAUUGAUACCUUCCCGAGUCUGGCGGUGGGGCUGCAGCUUAUCAUUCUAGCAGGCAAAGAUGGCAACAUCUAUGCUUAUGAAAAUGAGGUGUUGCACCAAGUGGCUGACUGCUUGCAGGACCUCUUCGAAAAUGGACUUGCCUUUCCUGGAACCAAAAUCUACAACUAUGGGGAAUGUUUUGACCCAAUGACGGAUGAUGAAUACAGUGAAUUAAUGCAGAGUGAAGAAGUAAAGAGAAUGGAAGAUGAGUCCAGGGAAUUCAUCCAAAGCAAUGAAGAUGAAUUUCUGAGGAUUCUGGCCCGUAUUGAAGAAAAAGAGAAUGCAGAAAAGGUUGUGUCCAACAGAGUUGUACCUUGUAACGACCACAGCAAGUGUGCUCAUGAACUGACCAUCAAUUAUUUCAGUGAUCACGAUUUUAGCACAGUUUUAUCUGUUUUGACCAACGUCAUCCAGGAACUAAGGUUAAAUGAUGAAGAGGUGACCAAUUUAUUAAAUCAAAAAAAGCCAGUUAGAGAUAUGAGCAGAGCAGAGCGGUGACAAAAUUCAACUCACCGCUCAUAAUGUCCUUCACUCUGCUCCGUUCUUUACUCCAUUUCCCUCCACUGCUUGCGAAGCAGUUUCCAGCCCCCCGCUCCAGACAAAAUAGGUACGCUCGGCUCCGCUCACGUGGUAUUAAAAAAAAUAAAUAAACUAGCCAUUUUUCCCCCACUGUGUUGCCGAUUGCAGAUGAAAAGAUGUAAUGUACAUUCAGAAAGGAAUACUAUGUAAUCUUCCUUAUUAUAAUCCAAUAGCUUGACCCAAGUAAAAACAAAUUGCCAGCUAUGAUGAGCAAAGAAGCCUACAUGAAGUGCUCAGAGAAGUUAUCUAAUUCAAUUUGAAGACGCUUUCUUGUUAUUAUUGAUUGAUACUGAAAAAUGCGUAAAUUGAAGUAAAAGUUAGGAAAUAUCAUCUUGCAAUUAACAGGUUUUUAACAGGUUCCUACGAUGUCAUGUAUGGUGUACUCGCCUAUUUCAAACAUUGCAUAUGAUGUCACCUUUUUUUUUUGUGUAAACUUUUGUGCAAACUCCAUGGCCGAACAUGUAUUUCUUCUCAGUGCUGUGAAAGAGUGGGCCAAAAAAGUCAGCUCCAGCAACUACCCCGCUCUGCUCCGCUCACACAGUAAUGGUUAUGUUAGAAGAAUCCUGUGCCGUUCCAGAGCGCUUAUAUGUCCCUUAUAAACCCUGCUCUUGAUUACAUCCUAAUUUUACCCUUACAGUUUCUGUCUGUGGUCCUGAAAAGACCCACAAAAAUACAACUACCAAUGCAGAAUGUCUGUUUUUGAAGAGGGUCCAGGUAAACCAAGAUAUUUCGUAUCAUCUGUAACUUGAAAGCAAUAAUCUGGAUUCUAAGGUAAAAUUUAAAAGAUUGUCAGCAGUUUUAUGUGCUGCUACUUCUAAAGACAUACAAAUGUGAAGUUGACAUGCAGCCUUACAGGAGUGAGAACUAGAAGUCAGGAUUUGGAAAUGUGUCGAGACAAAUCAUGGUCAUGCUAAAAUGGGCUGGGCCGGGCCAAAAUCUGAAGAUUUGGUAAGUCCUGCACUACCCUAUUCAAAACCAAGGCAUUAAAUUAAAUGUUCCUAAUACAUUAGCAUUAUAAAGGUGACGCUGGUCCCCAUGUUGAUGGGUGUAAGAACUUUUUAUAUCUUGUUUUUUUUUUACUUUGGGGACCCCCUAUGUUUUGAAGCACCACUUGCUCUGCAGAGCUGUAACUAGGGGUGAGCGAGCAGGGCGCAAGUGGAGGGGCAGAAAAAUGACUUCAGUGCAUUGCCAGUCGAGUAAUCAUUUUGUUCUGCAGUUCUCAUUGUUUUCACUUGUCAGCUGUCAGCACCCCCCUGGCAUAGUGUGAAGAUUGCAUGCACCUCUGCACUAGAAAAGGGAAUGUGUCACUUCCUUAGCAACGGUCUUCACGACGACGAUCCUGGUUCUACACAAACCAACACCGUAGCGUCACCAGUUCGUUAUUAUUAUGGCUUAUCUGUGUCGUUCGCGUCCCCUGCUGUGUGCAUUGGUUAUUUAUUUAUUCGCUCCUGCAGCUUUCAGGACCAGCACUACUAUAAACGUAAUUAAAUGUAAAGGCACGUUUCAUUACAUGUUUUAAGCACCAUGUAAUAAAGGUAAACCAAAAACAUUACGUUAAGUUAGACAACAAGUAAGAAAUUAAUUUAUAAGAAAAUGCAAGUAGAUAAACGGCCCUUAAAAUUCACCAUCCUGAACUACAAGAUGUUAAAUGUGGUACCAGUAUUUAUUUAUUGGAAUAGAAUUCAGAACAAAUGACCCCCCCCCCAUUUGCUAUUUUUAAAAGCACCAUUAUAAAACAAGUUUAUUUGAUAAUUACAUAGCUCUUACAAUGCGUUAAAAUAUGUAUGUAUAAAGAAACACAAAAUCUAGUUAUUAUUUUUAAUUCCCUUAUUUUUUUGUUUAAAAUAGCAUACAAACCUGCAUGGCUCUUGCUUAAUUCUAAAUUGUUUUGGAUCUUUUGGGAAACGGAAGAAUUUUCUUUUUGCUAACUAUAUAGAUGGAAAUGCGAGUUUGUCUUUUUGAAUAUGCUUCAAGGCAUUAAGUCAUUGCAUCCUCGUUUGUGUUAUGAUUUUCAAUCCAUGCUUUUUUUUGUUUUUGUUUACAGUACUUAAUUAAAAGUUAUAUAUAUACUAGGACAUUAUAGAGAUAUUAAAUGAUUUUGUAAGGGUUAAUGUGGCUGCUGAAAUAAUCACAGUAGUUUGUAUUGUUUACAACGACAUUGCUAAAAUUCCACAAAUGCGUGCACUUACUGAUCAAGUUUCAAGAUCAAGUGGGCGCAAAUAUGAUUGAUUGGCUCGUGUAAUGCUUUAUUUGCAUAUCUCCCUACAACCCAUUUGUUUUUGAAUUUAUUGCUUUCACUCACCUUAACUCGAAAGCUACUUGUUUUUACUUACUCUCCUGAGCCUUUCUGAAGUCAAAGUACAGUUGCGCUGUACUGAUGAGCCCCAAAAAGGGCGAAACAUGUAUGCAGCUACUGUACUUUGACUUUUAAAACGCUGUGAAUGUAGAAGCCGUUAGGCAACUUUCACAAGAUUUGAUUGGCUCUUGUAAUGCUUUAUUUGCAUAUCUCCCUACAACCUAUAUAUAUAUAUAUAUAUAUAUAUAUAUAUAUAGUUAUGCACUAGCACUUAUCAUGGAAUAUUGCAAGUUUUGUUAGAUUUCAUCUGCUAGGCAACAUUUUUUGACCUAGUCUUAAAUGUUUAACUGUCAUUGGAUCUGCACAUUCACUUAGAGUAAAUAAAGGAAUUCAGAGACAUAGAAAAACAAAUGCUGCAUUCACAGUAACAUGUGUUUUCAGUGCCAUGGGUUGAAGUGGAACACAGGAAAGCACCAGAAAUGAAUGCAGCACUGAGAUGUCUUUAAGAAACAAUCAGUAUAGCUUUAUAUUUAACUUUCUCUAGCUCAAAAGGUAAAACUCUUUCUUCUACUGUGGUGUUUGAAGUUUAAUAAAACAUUGUACAUUAAUAGGGAUACAUAGUGUACAAAUGUAUAUAAUGUAGAUCUAUUUUUUGCUUGUUCUGUAAAUAAAAAAUGCAAUUUUGAAAAAUGCUAAA